AUGCCAGGCGGCGCAGUCGGUCCCGUGUCUGCCGGAAACGUCUUCAAGACUGGCCUUUUCCCGCGCCAGUACCUCUGGGCGUUCAUCCUCGUCACCUCGCUCUUCUUCCUCUGGGGCUUUGCGUACGGCCUCCUCGAUGUCCUCAACAAGCACUUCCAGAACACGCUCGGCGUCACCACAAGCCAGACCACCGGUCUUCAGGCCGCUUACUUUGGUAUCGGUUACUUUGCCUUCUCGCCCGUCGCGGGUGAGGUCCUCCGCCGCCGCGGCUACAAGUUUACGAUCAUCAUGGGCCUGUGCCUGUACUCUCUUGGUGCGAUCCUUUUCUGGCCCGUCGCCAAGAGUGCCGCCACCAGCACGAACAAGCAAGCCAUCUUCGGGGGCUUCGUCGUCUGCACGGCCGUGAUUGCUUGUGGUCUCUCGACUCUUGAAGUCUCGGCCAACUCCUACGUCUCCGUCAUGCCGCCUGUUUCGAUUGCCUCGCUCCGUCUGCAGUUCUCACAGGCUUUCAACGGUGUCGCGUCGUUCUCUGGGCCCCUCAUCGCAUCCAAGUACUUCUUCUCCGACGCGAACUCGACAGACCUUACCAGCGUCCAGUGGGUCUACCUCGCAGUCUCGGCCAUGGGCAUGAUUGUCGCCGUCGCGUUCUUCUUCACCAAGCUCCCCGAGGUUUCGGAGAACGAUCUUGAGCUCGAGCUCGACCAGGUUCCCGAGCACAAGCAGAAGAGCAUCUGGAAGGAGACCCGCUGCCUUACUGGCGCCCUCGCCCAGUUCCUGUAUGUUGGUGCUCAGGUCUCAAUCGGUGCGCUGUUCCUUUACUACACCCACGAGGGCGCUGGAAUCAGCGACUCCCGCGGCUCGCAGCUCCUCUCCUACGCGCUCAUCCUCUUCACCGUGGGCCGGUUCGUCGUCACUGGCCUUCUCUCCAUCUUCACUGCUCCCACAAUCCUCUUCGUUUUCGGCAUCAUUUGCACCGUCGUCGCCAUCCUCAUCUCCACCCUCCACGGCAUGGCCGGUGUCGCUUGCCUCAUGAUGAUCAUGUUCUUCGAGUCCUGCAUGUACCCCUGCAUCUUCACGCUCGCCACCAGCGGUCUCGGCCACAACACGCGCCGUGGCGCAUCUAUUGUCGUCAUGGGUGUUUCCGGUGGUGCCGUCUUCCCUCCCAUGCAGGCCGCGAUCAAGGACGCGUACAACGCCCGCGUAUCCUUCUUCAUCGUCGUCCCCUGCUUCCUCUACAUCACAUGCUGGGCCGCCUACACCUGGGUCCUUGACGGUCGCCAGACCUUUGCUCUCAAGGCCAAGAAGGUCGAGCAGACAGCCGACAUUGAGAGCAUGAGCGUCAUGAGCGCCGACGGCAAGCCCGAGGACGUCAAGACUGACAUUGUCACUCCCAACAAGUUGUGA